AUGAAGAAAGUACCGAGCAAACGAAUCUUCACAAGACUGCCACGUUCACAGCUACCGCAGAAACCUUAUGGAUUCUGUUGCGAAGAGAAACUUCAAGAUCCUGAGAAACGCUACAAUAUGCGAAAUUCGCCCUACGUGUCAUCCUUGACGAACGUGAUCCUGGAUAGUGGUGGACCCGGAGUAAAAUUCCGUAUUCAGGACACCGGUCGACCACCGUAUCCAAUUCAACGCAGAAUUCUUGAAGCCAAGGGCAUAGCAUAUUUAGGACGUUGCAAGCGUUGUCGAGGUCCUCUGCGAUGGUACUUGGAGGAUGAAAUUGCACUCGCGCACGAAUUCUUUACUAAAAAAAGACGAGAUAAUUACAAUGCGAAUGUAAAAAGAAAUCUAACGAUUGCCAAAAAAAAAGCAAGAGAACGUAAAAGACGCAUAAAAAGAAGAAAUUUACGGAACGUUAUUCCAGAAUUGAAAGUUACACAGAACAAUUAA